GUCCAGCUUUACCAAACGCCACUACAAACAAGAUACAAUCCGGCAUGUCUUCGAACUCCAAACCUGGACCAUCCUCGGCAUCCCGAACCCCUCUAACGACUCUCGACCACACCCUCGUGCCCAUGCCAUCCCGCACACACCCAGACCGCGCAGAAGCCCUCGUCUCGCUCUCCAUCGCCCUCAUCGACUCUGCCGUGGAUAUACUUGAACGUAAUAUCAGCACGGAUGAAGAGCUGUCGAGGGAUAGUGCGCUGUUACCUGGGGGGACGGUGGGAAAGCAUUUCAGACAUGUCAUCGAAUCCUUUAGGGCUUUCCUCUUGAAUCUCUAUGACAACCCCAGACCGCUCUCAGAGGUACCAGAGAUCAACUACGACAAUAUCCUACCUACCACCCGCCGCCCCAUCGCCCGUUCGCUCCCAGCUUGUCGGCAGGCCAUGAGGCAGAUCAGCAAAGAUCUCACGGCAUGGAGUGAGAUCUGCAGACGGCGGGGCAGUGUGAUGGGUGGAAGUGGGGGAAGUGGGGGUGGGGUGGAGGGGAAUCCUGCGGGGCUGGGGGGGCAGAAGGCGGAGAGGCGGAAUGGGCUGGUGGAUGAGAUGGAUCGGGUGGUGCAUGUGGUUGCUAUAACGCCUACAAAGCAGGAGAUGGGGAGUACAGUGGGGCGAGAACUAUGGUACUGCUCGCUGCACUCGAUCCAUCAUUUCUCAAUGUUACGGACCAUCGCAGUGUACGAGCUGGAUUUGACCUUACCAGUAGAGUUUGGUACAGCACCUUCAACGUUGCUAUACCGCGGCUUGUCUUGGAAACCGCCAACAGAGGGGCAGACGGUCAAAGUCAUUCGCACCAGUAAACUCUAGCCCAUCCUCUAACGAUAUAACGAUCUUCAUGACCACAUGUACCACCUU